AUUAGUCAACUGUCAACAAAACAAUGAGCAGUAUAAUCAGCAACUGAAAGAAAAAGUAAAUCAAUCAAUCAAAUAAAAAUCUUGGGCAGAGGAGAUGAUGAUGAAGCUAUAUUCGCACCCGAUCAGUUCAUGCUCUCGUCGUGUUCGUCUUGCUCUCUUCUUAAAAGGUCUUAAAUAUGAAUGCAUAAAUGUUACCUCCCCCAGUGAUCCAGAAUAUUUAAAGGUCAAUCCUAUGGGUUAUGUACCUGCGCUGGUGGAUGGCACUACUGUUAUUUCAGAUUCUUAUGCCAUCUUACUGUAUCUGGAAGAGAAGUACCCGGAACAUGCUUUGUUGCCUCAAGAUCUUAUGAGAAAAGCAAUAAAUUACCAGGUUGCGAGUAUAGUUGCUUCAAGCAUUCAGCCUCUUCAGAAUCCAAGUGUAGUUAAUUAUAUUGGGGAAUUAGUUAGCCCUGAAGAAAAGCUUCCUUGGGGUCAAUAUCAUAUAAGGAAGGGGUUUGUAGCUAUUGAGAAACUAUUAGCGAACUAUGCCGGAAAGUAUGCUACUGGAGAUGAAAUUUACCUGGCAGAUUUGUUUCUGGCACCCCAAAUUUAUAAUGCAAUCAACCGAUUCAUGCUUGACAUGGCUGAGUUCCCGAUCCUACUUAGGUUGAACAAAGUUUACAUUGAAACUCCACCUUUCCAACAAAUUUUGGCUGAGACAAUGUAACAACACACAGGUCCAAGUGAAUUAGCUAAUAUAUCAUCACUAUAAGCAUCGCUUUCGAUCAUAUCAAGUGACGGGAGACUUAUGACAGGUCAUUUCCAGACAAAGCCAUGUUCACAUAUGUAAAAUGCUUAUUGUUGUAACUUAAUAAGAUGUGCUCAAAUAAAUUGUAGAAGCUUUACUAUUUAUUUUCUAGCCUCUGUUUGCAUAUGUAAAAUGUAGUAUUGUAACUUAAAUUUCUUCCUUCUAUGGUUAUGGUACGUUUAUAACUA